GCAGGAUUGUCAGAUGAAGAAGUGGCAAAGGCUUGUCAAGAACCAGAUGAAGCAACUAAGGACUUCUUUUUCCAACAAACCAUGAUUCGUGUGAAAGAUCCCAAGAGAUCACUAGAAUUCUACACAAAGGUUAUGGGAAUGAGGUUACUAAAGAAAUUUGAUUUCCCUUCCAUGUCAUUUUCUCUGUAUUUUGUUGGAUAUGAUAAACCAGAGAAUAUUCCUAAGGAUGAGACAGAGAGAACUCGCUAUUGCUUCCAACAAAAAGCCACUCUGGAGCUUACACAUAACUGGGGGACAGAAAAUGACCCAGAACAAUCCUAUCACAAUGGUAACAGUGACCCUAGAGGGUUUGGUCACAUUGGUAUUGUUGUUCCUGAUGUAGACAAGGCUUGUGAGCGAUUUGAGUCCUUGGGAGUAGAGUUUGUAAAGAAACCUAAUGAUGGCAAGAUGAAAGGCCUGGCCUUCAUUAAGGACCCAGAUGGAUACUGGAUUGAGAUCUUAAAUCCAAACAACAUGGCCGUCAUAGUGUAACAAACACUGACUUAACAAUCACUACACAAUGCUCCCUGAUUCAGCCCUCUUGGAACCUCUGACUGUACUUAACAAAAAUGUUUCAUUUGUGUUCUGCUUAGUUAGCGUGCUCAAUAUUGAGUUUAUCUAUGGUUUGAAAGAGGGAAAGAAGUGAUUAUUAAUCCAAUGGGAAAUUAUUGAAUAACUGCUAGUGAAGUCAAGUUAAAGAAUAGGUAUAUUUUGUAAGAGUUUUUUGUUUUAAGUAAGAUACAAAACUCAGAUACUUUUAAAAUAUAUCUUUUUAGCAUUUGAGUGGGUAGUUGCAUGUACAUAGGCAUAUCUCUGGAUUAUUCUUGUGUGACAGCCAAUAUUGCUUAAAAGAGCAAAGUAUAAUUAAAGCACUUUGCAAGAAGUUUUUAAUUCGAUCCUUUUCCGGCUGGUGAUAAGUCCUCAUUCAUCUUUCUUGUCUGCUUUGAGUAAUUGUAAAAAAUUCAGUUCCAAAUCAAAUGAUUUGUAUACCAAAAAUUCACUUAUAUUUUGCAAAAUAUUUAUUCAUAUUUUGUAAUGUUCCAACACAUGGGAAAUGAAUAGACACAUAUAUAUUUGUGGUGAAUUUUUAUACAUUUAAAUUAAUACAUGUAGAUAGUGCCAAACCUCAGAAACGAAGUAAAAAUGAUUUUUUUUGGCCAUGUACAUUUGUAUACUGAUUCAUACAAGUAUUUUGUUUAGUCUGGUAUGUUAAUUAUACCCAACGCAACAAGUUGCAAGAGGUAUAAUGUUUUUGACUAGUCUGACAGUCGAUGUGUCAGUCGUCCGCCAGUCCUGUUUUUUUGUCAGCACAACUCCUCAUAAACUGCUGCAAACAGUUUCUUCAAACUUUGCAGAUAUUUAGGACACAAUGUGUAGAUGUACAUAUUACCAGGAAAUUCCGAUUCCUUUAUUUUUUGGGGGUGGGGAAUUCUGGCACUUUUCAAGUUAAAUAUUUGGCCCUAUCUUGAUUAUAAACAUGAACAGUUUGUCAGCACAACUCCUCAUAAACCGCUGCACACAAUUUCGUCAAACUUUGCAAACAUUUAGGACACAAUGUGUAGAUGUGUAUAUUACCAGGAAAUUUCGACUCCUGUAUUUUUUCUGGGAAUUUCAGCACGUCUAAUUUUGGGGGAGCACGGGGUAUGUGAGCUUGCUCAGUUUUUCUUUCAAUUUGAUUAUCUUUACUAAUGGGUUAACUUAUUAAGAUAUUUUAGUGCUAAUACAGGUCUAUGUACAGAUUAAUUGACAAAAAAUAAAAUAAAAUGUCAAAAUCUAACUUAAUUAAUAAAUUAAGCAAAAUGUGAGUGCUACAUGUAUAUAUCACAUGGCAGUGUGUUCCAGUGAGAACUUUUAUUGUCCUUGGAUACAAGUUUUCUACCUGUAAUGUACUGGUACAUGCAAUUAUUGCAUGUUCAAGCUUAUUAAUACAAGUGUUGCAUAUUUUGUAGUAAUUAAAUGAUGUUUAAGAUACUAGGGUGCCAUUCAUUUGAUUCAGGUUCUUUGAUAUUUUCAUGUUAGAGGUGCUUGUACCAUUACAUGUAGUCUUAUUUCUACAAAUGUAUUCUUUUUCAUUUAUUUUAUGUGCAGAGAUACAGGGAUAUCUUUAAUGCAUUGACUUUUUAAUCAGUAUUUUGUACAAUUGGUUGAGCUUCAGCUUUAACUUUUAUCCAUUAACUGAAUUAUUGUUAUGCAUGUACAGAUUGGUGCAUUUACAAAGUGUCAUGAAGCAAUAAAAAGACCUUUUUAAUUUU